AUGGCGCAAAGGAAACUCCAGCAAGAAAUGGACCGUGUGUUCAAGCGAGUCGCCGAAGGUGUUACAGCCUUUGACUCUAUUUACGACAAGGUUCAAAUGUCCUCUAACCAAUCGCAAAAGGAAAAGCUUGAACAGGACUUAAAACGUGAAAUUAAAAAGCUACAACGUCUGAGAGAUCAAAUUAAAACAUGGAUAGGUAGCAAUGACAUCAAAGAUAAGUCUUCAUUGACAGAACAAAGGAAGCUCAUUGAAACGGAAAUGGAACGUUUCAAAGCUUGCGAAAAGGAAAUGAAGACUAAGGCCUACAGUAAAGAAGGUCUGACAAAUUCGUUGCGACUGGAUCCUCGCGAAAAAGAGAAAGUGUCAUCAGCAAAUUUUAUAACAUCGAUGUUAGAAGAGUUGGAACGACAAAUAGAAGGUCUGGAAACAGAGCAAGAGAUGACGCAAAGCUCUAUGAAGCGUGGCAAGAAAGAUUCACUUAAAUUGGAGCGAAUUAGUCAACUCGAACAGUCUUUGGAGCGACAUCGAUGGCACCAAGAUCGUCUGGAACGGGCACUGCGGAAACUUGAAAAUGGAAACUUAUCACCGGAUUCUAUUAACAACAUUCAAGAAGAUAUUCGCUAUUAUGUUGAAUCGAAUCUGGAUCCAGACUUUGCCGAAGACGAGGAAAUCUAUGACGAACUUAAUCUUGAUGACGAUGAAGAUGCUUUUGAUGCCGAAUUAAAGCAAGACGAAGUUCCUGGGCAUUCGUUAGAAGACCUGGCUGUCGACCAUGUCAAGGAAACUACUUCUGCACCCCCCUCAGCCUCAUCAACAACGAGUAAUAGUAAUUCGCAUAGUCAUAACAAUGCUGGAAGUAGUGGAUCUACUAAAGCUGUUAAUCAUCCUCCAUCGGUUCCAUCGUCAGCUGGCUCUGUUUCCACUUCUCAGCAACCUCAUAAAAAUGACUUAACACGUAAAACUACCUUUCCUAGUGCAAGCAGCAGCAUACCAACGGCAUCGACUAAUGCUACAAGUGCGUUGAGUGGUAUGAAGCCCGCUCCUCCACCAACACGAUCGACAAACGAACUCAAGUACGCUUCUGCUGCCGCAUCUGGAUCCUCUAUUCCUCAAGGUCUUUCACCAUUACCACCACCAUCGGGGCAACAGCGACAGUCAUCAGCUCAACCGUCAUCUCCUGUAGAAAGUUCACCCAUUGAAGCCCCUGUGGUGCCAUCAAUACCUCAGCAAAAUGCCUCUACGGUGUCAGUAACUCAACCAACACAAUCUAAAAGCUCGUCCGAAAAAAGCACAGAGUCGAGCCAGUCAUCACCUACCGAGGAGGCAACGCAUAAAUCUAAGCAAAAGUCGACACAAUCCACCUCGACUUCAUCAACAGCUUUGUCAGCAUCUAAAAGCAAAUCCGAAAAUAAGACUAGCAGUAUCGUCACGCCCAUUGUUCCUGUUGAAGUGCCGAUACCAAACACUCCUGAUGUUAACUUACCUCCAGGAUUGCAAGAUCUUAUCAACUCAUUUGACGCUGCCAAAAAGAGAAUUGGUGCACCUCCACCUAUUUCUACUAUUUCUAAGCUGUUACAAAGUUCUUACAUGAACGCACCUGACAGUUUUGCUGAGUCCCAACCUAAUUAUUACCAACCCCAGUCGCCGUACCCAACAUCUCCGGCUUAUCCCAAAGAACCAUUGCAGAUUUUUUCGGAUCCUCUGAUUUUUUCCAAAAUGGACGUUGACACACUCUUUUUCAUCUUCUACAACAAGCAGGGUACUUAUCAACAAUAUCUUGCUGCGCGGGAGCUCAAGAACCGAAGUUGGAGAUUCCACAAGCACUUUAUGACAUGGUUUCAACGGCAUGAAGAGCCAAAGGCUAUUAACAACGAUUACGAGCAAGGAACAUACCGCUAUUUUGAUUUUGAAGGUGUUUGGUCUCUCCGUCGUAAACAAGACUUUACUUUUGAGUACAAGUUCUUGGAAGAUGACAUGUAG